AUGUCACUGCACAAUGGGAUUGUAAAUCAACCCCACCUGGAUUCCUCAGAGGCAUAUUACAGUGAAUAUCAGCAAAACCACACGAAAAGACAAGGAGAAGGAGACUGGAGGAGAUGCCAGCGACCCCACAAACCCCGCCGAUCCAUUGCCAUUCCUCACCACUGCCACCAUCACGACCAAGCACGGGAAAUCUCUGAAGCAGCCAGCUCAAUCAAAUCAUCUUAUAGGAAAACGGAAGAGGACAGAAACAAGGACCAACUCGCAGCUGCGGUUGAAAAUGAGUUUGUCUAUGUUUAUCAACUUCCGGCGAAUAGGAGCUGCAUAGAGCUGCUGAACACUAUAACCUUCAGUUUUAUGGUGGGGAGACAUGAAAAAAAUGAUGUUCUCGAAAUUCCGUUCAAAGAUGCCCCUCGAGGAGUUGAACUUGUGAAGGCGAGGAUUGAGGGUGCGGCGCCGCUACCGACUGAGCCACGCGGGCAAAGAGAAAGCGGACGCCCGAUUGCAUACAUAAAGGCGAGGACGACAGCUGUACGCAGAGUGACAUUAAGCGUUGUACACCGUGACGGUGGAUCCGACAAUGGAGAAGGAUCACGACGAACUCUACAGAGUGGCAUGGGUCUCAUCUAUGUCGUCUAUAUCGUCAUAAAAUGGAGCGGGAGAAAUCAACAACAUCCGAACGAGCCCUACGAACCCUGGGAUGUUUGCCACUGCAUCACUGUGCCUGUGUGGCACAUCAGGGCAAAAUAUUGCUUGGUUAUUUUCAAUAACCCUGCGGCUCAUGUGUCCAAAAUCCUAACAGUUGAAUGGAGUCCCGAUGGACGCCCCCUAUUUAGCGGUGGUUUCGAUCACAAGAUUGUCUGCUGGAAUCUUGCUGAAGAAAAUGUUAAAAGCCACUUGAAAAAAUGCUAUAAAAGGACCAAGGCAGGGAGAUCGAUUGAAAAUAUAAAAGAUGAGUUGAACAUGGAUCCAAGGCUGAGAUUGGCUGAAAAAAUCUUUGAAAAUGUAUCAAGGAUUGGGGCCAGCCAACACCGUCAGCUCGUCUUCUCUGAUAAAGGAAGGAUUCUGUCCCUAGAAGAAAGCGAUACGUGUCCAAUAAGUGUUCUCAAUUACGAAUUGGACUACAAUCGCCCAUCCACCAGUGGACCAACAACUUGCGAAUACUCUACUGAAGAUUCGAAGGUUGCAGUCAAAACCAGAAAAGAAUUAUCUCUUUCGAUGCCUCCGGCAUCCACCAAUCCUGCCGAUGAGAACAUCACGAUGGACCAACCACCGGUGAAAGCACAUGGCCAAGACAAGUCAUCGAACAGAGAAUAUUCGCUCCACUCCAACGAAGAACAGCCACAUCAGAACAGAUCAGGAACAGAAAAAUGUCAAAAAGAUGAAGUUGAUGUCGGAAAAAGAAGAUCCGAACCGCCAACAACUGUGCGAGCAAUGGAUAACGUUGCGAAUUCCCCCGAAGAGGCCAUGGAUGACAAUAUGACGAACGGAACGUCCUCUAACCAUGUUAGCAUGACACGAGGCCGAAGCAGAGGGCGCCCAAUCAAGAUAAAGUUCGGGUGGCAAAGAUCAGCUGUGAACAAUGCACGCCAGCCUACCAGUGGACAACCCGGUAGUCAGCAGCCCCGUCGAGGUGUAGGCCGACCACGCUGGAACGGAAUACGACAGCAAUCUCCAAGAUUGCCACCAACAGUACAGACAACAACGAAUCUGUCGGAAUCAUCUCCCACAGCGAUCAGAGGAUCCAAGAGGUCCUGGGAGACCACGAAGACAGAACACGGUCAAUCCUCAGAAGGUGCAGAAACAGCGCAAGACGCAGUUGGGAGUUCAAUUCAACCUUAA